AAUUUUUCCCCUAAUCGCCGUUAUAUUAACUCUCUCUCAUUAGUUUCUUAAAAAGCUAAUUGCUUUUAACUCUUUCUUUCAUUAUAUUUUUUAUUCGUCUCUCUCAAGAGACAAAGGACGGGGGGAAAUGGCAUCCGGGCACUCCACCGGCGGCCCAGAUUUUUACGCCGGAAUAGAAGGCAGAUCCGUGGCCAGCAACCAAACGACUGCACCUUAUAGGACCCGAAUCCCUGGAAUCUUCAUGGACCCGGCGUCUCAGAUCGUAAACCGAGCCGUACCCAACCUCGUCGGCAAGCGAACGCUGGCGGACUUCCAAAAGCAACAACUCCACUACAAUCAUCCAGUCCGCAAUGAUCUACUUUAUCUCCGUUCUGUUAAGCCCAGGACUACUUACCAGCACAGUUCUACCAUUUCUCCCAUGGAUUUCUCCUCCAACUUGUCGCCGGACGUUAUGGGUAAUUUCUCGUCUCCUUCUUCUUGCAUAUCCCAGCGGUAUUACGGACUACCGCUUUUACAACAUCCAAGGCCGCAGCAGGCCAUGAACCCUGGGUUUUCAAGCGUUCAGCAAAUGAGCCCAAUUCAGAUGCGGGUGGUCCAUCCUCAAGACCCGGAGAAGAAGAUGAUGAAUCGGCUUCAAGAGCUGGAGAAACAACUGUUGGACGACGAGAACGACGACGAAGGAGAUGCGGUCUCGGUGAUUAGCAAUACAAACAGCGAGUGGUCGGAAACCAUACAAAACUUGAUCAGUUCCGGCAGCCCUAUCCAGCCGGUUGCCCCAUCUUCAACUUCUUCAACUACUUCAUCGUCUUCGUCCACGACAUCGGUGGUUUCUCCAGCUCCGACUUCUUCAAAACAGACAAUAAUGGAGGCUGCAUCAGCUAUUGCCGAGGGAAAAACUGACGUCGCUAAUGAGAUCCUGACCCGAUUAGCUCAAGACAGCAACGCUAAAGGGAAUUCAGAGCAGAGGUUCGUGGCUUGCAUGUUGUUGGCUCUUAAAUCGCGGAUAAACUCAGUAGAAAAUCCGCCGCCGGUGGCUGAGUUGUUCAGCAAGGAACACGCUGCCGCCACUCAGUUGCUUUAUGACCUGUCUCCUUGUUUUAAGCUUGGUUUCUUGGCUGCUAAUCUGGCUAUCCUGGAUGCCACUCGGGAUCAACCAAGCUGUAAUAAGCUACAUAUUAUAGAUUUUGAUAUUGGGAAAGGAAGGCAGUACAUUAAUCUUCUCCACGCGCUAUCGGAGCGCGGGAGCGGGAAGCCAGCGCUGGUGAAAAUAACAGCUAUUGCAGAUAAUGGUGGGGAUGAGAGGGUGAAGAUGGUUGAGGAUAAGUUGAGUGAAAUCGCUGAGCGAUUUGGAGUUUGUAUGAAAUUUAACGUGGUAGCGAGUCCUAAACUCAUCGAUCUAAGUCGGGAGUCCCUGGGUUGCGAACCAGACGAGCCAUUGGCUAUUAAUUUUGCGUUCAAUCUUUACCGAAUGCCCGACGAGAGCGUGUCGGUGGAGAAUCAGAGAGACGAGCUUCUCCGUCGCGUGAAAGGAUUGACACCGAGCGUGGUGACAUUGGUGGAACAUGAAAUGAACACCAACACGGCGCCGUUCACGUCGCGGGUGGGAGAAGCGUCCGCAUAUUACGGGGCGUUAUUUGACUCGAUUGAGUCGAGCGUGCCGAGGGAGAAGUCAGAACGAGUGAUGGUGGAGGAAGGGUUGUGCCGCAAGAUUGCCAACUCAGUGUCGUGUGAGGGGAGAGAGCGCGUGGAAAGAUGCGAGGUUUUUGGGAAGUGGAGGGCCCGGAUGAGCAUGGCGGGGUUCGAGUUAAAGCCACUGAGUGAGAGCGUGGCAGAGUCGAUGCGUGCUAGACUGAAUUCGGGUAACCGGGUUAACCCGGGAUUCACCGUGAAAGAAGAAAAUGGAGGGGUUUGCUUUGGUUGGAUGGGCCGAACUCUUACCGUCGCAUCUGCUUGGCGUUAACGUCAUUUUAUUUUAUAUUGUUAACGUUUUCCUUUGAAAAAAACUAUUAUGACCAAAAUUAAGCCUCACUAUUUCAUACAUAAUUUUUUAAAAUUUUGAUUGUAGACUUAAAAGCUUUAUUACUAAAAUGAAUAAAAGUGUAAUUAAUUCAAAAUCACAUUCUUGGUUUAAUGAAUAAUGAUUUCUAUGACUA